AUGCCAUCAACAGUGAAGAAGUUUUAUAGAUUAACAGUUGACUUCCAUUACACAUAUGAGAAGAAACAAGAUUCACGGGGAUCGUUGUACUGCGCGAGUGAACCGGACCCAACUAGUAGAAUCCAGCACAAGUCGGGAAGGUUCAUUCGCUCAUCCACCGAUGCUGUUGACAACAGCAGCCCCAACAACCAUGCUCAACUGCAAGAAAGAGUUGGAUGCGAUAUGUCAUUUGCAGCAAGUUCACAACCUGCAGCACCAUCUCUGCUCGCCGAAUGUACAACCGGUUCACUCUUCUCAAUUGUGUCAGCACCACCGGUACCAUUGGCCGAACUUGAUGUCAAGCAAAUUGAAAAUAUUGCAUCAGCCGGCAGUAUUGGAUUACAAGGGGGAGGCAAUUUACAAAGCGCAUUCAGUAACAUACUCUCCACAACAUCCGUCGAUGCGGUUGUCAACGCAAACGCAAUUGCAACCAUGCCUCGACGACCAAUUACAUUGCCCAUCGAUUCUCCCUAUAGUCCAGCAACGGCACCAAGUCGUACGCUGCACUCCAGCCUUUUGGAACAUCAAAUCUCUGAAAUUGAAGAAGAUGAUAAUGAAAACCUGUUAACUGUUUCGAGCAUUACUGCGCGACCACUAAUUGCCAAAUCGCGAGAGUUGCGUUCAAGUCGACAAUUGGAAGUCGAGAAGGCAACUUCAAAGUGUACCAAUUUUAAACAACAGCAACAGCAAAAAAUUUUGGCUACAACACGUGUUGGACGUGAACAAAAUGUGACUGCUGGCGGACCACCAUCUUCUCGCUCUUCAGUUAAUGCAGACCCACCUGAUGGUGGUUAUGGUUGGCUUAUUGUUUUUGGCGCUUUUUCUGUGCAGUUUUGGGUAGCUGGCUUGGUAAAGUCCUAUGGAGUUUUGUAUGUGGAAAUCAUGGAAACAUUUCCAAGCUCUACUGCAACUGUUGCUUCUUGGAUACCAGCGAUUCUCUCUGCAUUGUGCUUGGCUCUCGCACCACUUUCAAGUGCUUUGUGCCAAAAAUAUUCUUGUCGUUCAGUAGUCUUUGUUGGUGGUCUUUUUUGUGCUUUUGGCUUAACAUUGAGCUACUUUGCUACAAGUUUACUACAUUUACUAUUCACUUUUGGUAUUUUAACAGGCAUAGGAGGUGGUCUGUCUACCACACCUGGUAUUGUCAUUGUAUCGCAAUACUUUGAUGCACAUCGUGCAUUAGCUAAUGGUAUAUGUGUCUCCGGCACAGCUGCAGGUAGUUUCAUACUGCCCGUUUUAAUUAAACAUUUAGCAGAACAUUUUGGAUUUCAUGGCACAAUUUUAAUAUUGGGAGUUUGUAUGCUACAUGUUUGCAUUUCUGCUACACUCUAUAAGCCCUUGGAAGAUUACUCAAAUGAUGCAACACAAACAAAUGAAGACGAAGAGUCGGCAAAACCUCUAAAUGAUAUAAAUCCCAGUUCAACGGGUGUUUUAACUAAUUCUACAUAUUUGAACACAUGUGAAGAUGGUUUAAGUACCAAAUAUAUUGAGCAUCUUUUUUUGGAGGAGUCUAAAAAUCGGUUAAAUGACUACUAUUCCGGGAAAAAUCAUGUUAAUGAUAAGCAACGCAACAAUAACAUUGAACAAGAAAGUGAUGAUGAAUGUAAAGAUAUUAUUGGCGAAACCACAUUUAUCAAACCUAUGAAAAAAGUUCGAAGUUCAGGAAUUAUGCAUUCAGUCGAGGAUUUAAGUACCGAUUCUACUUGGGUUUAUCGUAAACACUCCGGUACUGAUUCGAAUCGUGGUAGUAGGCGACGUAAAAAUGUAUUCGCCAAUGAUGAAAUUAUAUCCAAAAUUCAAGCGCAUUUGGAAAAGCCAUUAUCACCACCUGUCGUGGUUACACGUGGUCUAAGUAAAAGUAUGGAAAUACCGACACCAGUAACAAAUACAUCUAAAGUGAAGCCCAAUGAUGAUGUUAACAAUGCAAUUGCAGCUGGUAUAAAACGACAGAAUAGUAUUGAAGAAGACGAUAAUGAAAAUGAACCACGGACAUGCUGUGAACGGAUUGAAAUGUAUUUGGAUAUAAGCUUGCUGAAAGAUCCUAUUUUUAUACUAAUGUGCUUAUCGGUAACAUUAACUUCAGUAGGUUGUCCAUAUAUGUUAUACUACUUACCAGCACACGUGAUCUCUAUUGGUUACAAUAAAAGUCAAGCAGGAUAUUUAGUAGCAGUAAGUGCUGUGCUAGAUUUAUGUGGACGCUUAGGACUCGGUUAUCUAUCAGAUUUACAAUUAUUUGAUCGAAAAAAAAUAUACAUUUUCUGUAUUCUUGGCGCUGGCACAGCUGUACUUACCUUACCGUCAGAACAAAAACUCUAUAUGGUUGGAUUAUCUGCUGCACUUUAUGGUCUUUGCCUCGGUAGCUGGUAUGUGUUAAUGCCAGUUUUGUUGGCAGAUAUUUUCGGCACAGAUCGUAUUAGUUCCAGUUAUGGUUUGGUACGCAUGUUUCAGAGUAUUGGUGCUAUAUCAGUACCACCACUAGCCGGUUUUCUACGCGAUCUCUCUGGAAGUUAUGAGGUAGUUUUUUAUUGUAUGGGUUCCUGUAUGGUACUUGGUUGCACACCAUUAUUGGUGUGGGCUUUUUUGGAAAGUCGUGAUCGACGUUUAUUAAACGAACGAGACGACAGUGAGGAAAACUCAACAGUGUCGUAA